AUGCUGGUGGCGCAGCUAACCAUGGACGAGAUUUUCACCUGCACCAAAAAGUUCAAGCAGGGGGUGUUCAGCAGUGUGCAGAAGGAGCUGGACCAAUUCAGCCUCUUCAUCUACAAUGCCACCGUGAAGCAGCUGGUGGACGUGCCGGGGCAUGAGUACUUCUCCUACCUCGGCGAGAAGACACAACAGGAGGCAGCGAGCAGGGCCCAGGUGGAUAACGCCGCCAAGGUGGAUGCCAAGAACAAGGUGCUCUCUGUGCGGCAGCAGGGCGAGGCGCUCAAGGAGAAGGCCAAGGUCAAGGCGGAGGCCAAGGUCGCCGAGGUUGAGGCCGCCAAGGCUGUCGCCAUCCGCGAUGCCGAGCUGCAGAUGGAGGUUAAGACGAAGAACGUGCUCUGCCAAACUGACAAGCUCAAGGUCGAGCAGCUCAGCAAGUCCACAGUACACUACGACACACAGGUUGGUUCAAGAAUCGAACACGCGAACACGCUCUUCUACCGCUGGCAGAAGGCAGCGGAUACGACAUUGUAUAAGGAGAUGAAGGCGGCGGUGAGGUGA